UGUUACGAUCUAGUGCUUGGUUUCAAACAUUUUUUCUUCUUUAGUGUGUUUUGUAAAUAUUCAGUUACUGAUUUUUGCAUCUCAAAGUAUUGUUUAUAAUCCACUGUCAAGUUGGAUUUCUUUAUUUGAUUGUGAUUUCUGUUUCUCACUCAAUUACUAGUAGUCAGUCAGUAUUUAUGAAUUCACAACUUAGUAUUACGAUUACAAUGGCUGCAGAUGUGGCAUUAUUGGUGGAAGAAGUGUCAGACUUUGUUCAUUGAGAGACGGCUUCAUUCAUGCAGGCCAAGGAUCUCCUUGUCUACAAGCAAUUCUGCCAUUACCUGAGAACUUAGAUCAGGAGGAUGUGGACUUGAACAGCCCCCCCCCUCCCUCCCUUUCUUUGCUGUGCAGGCAUGUUCUCAGCCUGUUGAAGCACCUAGACCUCAGUCACCAUUUUUAGACUUGAUAUCACAGGUAUGUUGUGUUUUGUAUUUGUCACCCAUGUCAUUUGAUCCUUCCCCUUUCUUAUUAACUGCAGCACCUAGUUUUGUGUUUUAAAUCCACCCCCUGACUAAUAUUGGGUUCUAUACCAAAUGUUUUCCACAUCAAUUACAUUCAGGGGUUAGUAUGCCAUGCUACCCAUGUUUUGCAGAGGCUCAUGAAAUUGCAUAUCAUUGUUCAGCAAACCCUUGGGACAUUUGAGUUUUGUCAGAAGGACUCUUUCUCCUUUUCCUCUCAUAUUCUGCCUUAUCCCCUGUUCCAGUUCCUUUCCCCUCCUCAAGAUCCCAUUUCUCACCAGUGUCUCACAAAAGUGGUUCAAGACUUUCUUAUUAAGGGUACCAUCAAACAGGUUUUACCUGUGCUUCCAGGAUUCUAUUCCUGAUUUUUUUCGGUCCCAAGAGGACUGGGUAUCGGUAUCCUGUUUUUGAACUCUUCCAUCUGAAUCACUUCUUCAAUGUGCCUCAGUUUACCAAUGAAUCCUACCUGUCUCCCAGAUGUUCCUUUCCUCCAUGGCUUUGGAUGAUGAGAUCCAGUAUGUCCAAUGCUUAUCUUCACAUCCUUAUCACUUGGGCUUCACGUCAUUAUCUAUGUUUUGUCCACACACAAGCAACUUCUCAUCAGAGAAGCUGCUUGGGUGGGUUGAAUUAUCAAAGUGGAGAAGUCCGUUAUCCAUCCCCACCCAAUAUCUUGUUCUUUUAUCAACUGACAUCUGAGUCAAGCCCAGCCUUCUCCUAUUUGUUUGUGAGCCUUAGAGUUUUCAGUUCAGAGGGCACUAUCAACACCUUCUUUUCCUGAGUGAGAGGUUCUGUCUCUUUUGUGUUCCUUGCAGUGGGUACUACAAGAUCAGUGACACCUCAUCAGGGACCCUCUGGAUUUACAGAUAUCUCUUCCUGCUUCCCUUCAGUCUGACUUCCUCUGGUGAUUAGACAGGGACAACAUGACAGUGGGGUUAUUUAUUCCUCCUCCAUGUCUUCACAUAUGCCUCCUUAUAACUCCUUGCUGUUUGUUGAGUGAUGGUUCAAUUUCUGUCAUCUCUGCAUGGCAUGACAGUUAUGAUUCAUUAUGACAACUUGAUGGUUGUCUCUUACAUCACCUGACAAGGGGGCACUCAAUCCUAUUCCUUAUAUUCCCAUACUGUAGAGAUCCUUUUCUGGGCUCACUGCCAUCAACUUCAUUUGUUGGCUUGUCAUAUACUGGGUGCUCUCAACCUUGUUAUGGUUUGUCUGUCCCAUCCUGACACAAUUGUACUCAUGGAGUGGUCCUUUGACCCCCAGGUAUUCUGAUGGCUAUGUUUUCAGUUGGGUACUCCCCAGCCAUAUGCAUAUGUCACUCCAUUGAAUACCCAACUUUGUUUCUUUCGGUCCCCAGUUCCACAUCCUUUGGCUUUGGCCGUGGAUACAUUCAGCCAGGAUUGAAGGACCUUUUCCUUUAUACAUACCCUCCCAUCUGUCUUCUACCCCUAAGUAACUUCUCUCAUCCAAUCCACUCUGUGUGGAGUCCUUCUUUUGGUUCAUUUCUGGCCAGCUCAACAUUAGUUUCUAUCCCUGUCCUUCCUCCAAUAACUACCUCCACUACCACUCCCUUUCUUGUGGUCCCUCCUCCAGCAACCUCACUCAGGGGUGCAUCAUCCUUCUGUUCCCACACUCCAGCUUCAUGCAUGAUUUUUGUCAGGUCCAUUGCGAGGGGUUUGGGACAAUCCAUGUGUGUAGCAUCCUUGUUGUCUCACUCUGUCCAUUUUUCAUUUUUGUGUAUAAACAUCAGUGAAGUAUAUUCCAUCAUUGGUCUAUCCAACAUGGAUUUUUUACAUGGUUGAUUAACACGAGUCUGUCCAUUUCAACCAUUGUGGGCUUUAGGGCAGCCCUGUCAUCUGCUUUUUGUUUUUCUCAUUUUUGCUGUGUAUUUUCCUCUCCAGUUAUUUCCCUUUUAUUUCAGUCAAAGUGUCUCCAUUGUCCUUGUUCUACCAGUCAAUCGCCAGACUGGAAUGUAAAUGUUGUUUUCCAUGCCCUUUCCAUUCCUCCCUUCAAACCGAUAGGCUUAUGUUCCUUAUAUUACCUUUCCUUGAAAAUGUAUUUACCUUUUCUUUUGGCUUGUGAUCACUGCUGGUUAAACUUGUUCACCAUCGAUGUUCACUGCAUUUUGUACCACAAAACCUGUGUCCUUUUACAUCCUGUAUGUUUCUUCCUUCCCAAAACAUCAGCUGCUCAAGAAGGCAGUUUUGCCUUCACCUCUGUUUCCCUUCUUUCCAUAUCCCAAAUUUACUCUUGCUCUGAGCUGGUUCGUCUCCUGUGUCUAGUCCAUACUUUACAGUGUUAAGUGUUGUGAACAUCACUCUUCCAUGGCUUUCACUCCCUUUCUCCUGAAUCUUGACAAUUGUUCUGUGUUUUAUCCCAUCAGAUCCUUGGCUGCUCAUUUCCAUUGUCCUCUGGAGGAGAUUAUCCAGGCCGGCAUGUAGACCACUCCCCACACCUUUGUGUCAUGCAUCUUGUACCACCUGGAAUUUCCUUCUCAGCUGGAUAUCGCCUUCCUUCUGUAGCCAUUCUCAAUAUGUCGGUACAAAUCUGAGUGAGUAAGUUAUUUUUGUGUAAUUUUUUCUAUCUAUUUUACAGUUUGGACCUAUGGCUGGGAACCCUUCCUCCUACCACCACCUGGGUGUCAGUUCCUGGGCAACUGUUUUUGGUUGGGGCUGUACCAGCCAACAUAAGUCCUCACAUGUGAGUUUAUUGGGAGCUUUCUCCUACAAUGAACUGAAUGUUUACAUCCUAAAAUGCAAUUGAUGUUGAACUGGAAUUGACCCUCCACGUUGCAAUUGCAAUUUCCUGAUGUCAUCCAGAUGUACAUUUCAGGGAUUUUUUGCUGCAGGUUAUGCUGGAUUUGACAACAUGAUGAUUUAGGUUCUUGAAAUGGAGGCUCCUCUUUCCUUCUGGUUCCUAGAUCUGAGGAGAAUGGUUGAGGACCUUCCUCCUAUCAUGGACCAGUCGAGUUCCUUCUGGUAUCAUGGGUCUGGAUUGGAGUUGGUCUCCUGCUUAUGAUCUGACAUGCAUUCCUCUUCCUUGGGGAUUUGGAAUUAUUGUCUCGUUCCACCCUUUGAUUGUGACACCACACCAGUUGGCUUGACAUGGGCAAAGAGUAUACAUGGUUCAGACGUGGUGCAGUCUCCCACUAGUGUGUUUUCUCUCCAUAGAGAGGGCACACUCUAUGGGUACUCUUCAGAUGCUUUUUGAAGGAUGCUAUUCUAGGUAAUUUUAUGCUGGUCCCUUCACCUGUGCAGUAUGAGAUUCUAGCUGUUACUGGUGGAGGAUAGUUGUAUGCAAACUUGCAUGCUUAAAUGCAGCUGAACCAUGUGGUAUAUAUGUGGAAUUAGGUGGGAGUUUUAAGUUUAUGGCAAGUGAAAAUUCUAUAGGGCAGUCAAAUUGAGAAUAGCUGUAACUGUGAGAGGAGAGUUAGCUGAUAUGGACUGAAAACACAUGGAAUAUUGAAGAUGUUUACAGCUUUAAAAAAAUUAGUUGGAAACAAUGAAAACUCAAACAAACCACAGCCUCCACCUGGCAUGCAAGCCAUGGGGCAGAGCUUGCAGAGGAAGUUUGCAAAAGGAGUCCAGUAUAAUAUGAAAAUUAUUAUUAAGGGAGACAGAAAUGUAGGAAAGACAUGUCUUUAUCUUCGAUUGCAAGGAGAAGCUUUUAAAGAGGAAUAUAUACCUUCAGAAGAGAUUCAAGUGGCCAGUAUCCACUGGAACUACAAGGCCACAGAUGACAUUGUGAAAGUAGAGGUAUGGGAUGUUGUUGAUAAGGGAAAAAAAAGAAAGAAGAUUGAAGGCUUAAAGCUUGACAAUCAAAUAACAGAUGCUCCUGAAGAAGCAGCCUUGGAUGCUGAAUUCAUUGAUGUAUAUAAAGGAACUCAUGGAGUCAUCAUGAUGUUGGACAUUACCAAACAUUGGACGUUUGACUAUGUGCAGCGAGAACUUCCAAAAGUGCCAACAAAUAUUCCUGUCCUGGUACUAGCAAACCACAGGGAUAUGGGACAUCAUCGAACAGUAACUGAAGACCAAGUUCGAUUUUAUGUUGAUAGUUUGGAAAGGCCUCCUGGAAGUGCAGCAGUUCGUUAUGCUGAAUCCUCAAUGAGAAAUGGAUUUGGUCUGAAGUUUCUUCACAAAUUUUGCAAUCUCCCUUUCUUAGAACUUCAGAGAGAGACACUAGUGAGACAGCUAGAAGUUAAUUCCCAGGAGAUAGAAACUACUGUGGAAGAACUAGAUGUUCUGCAAGAAUCAGAAGAACAGAAUUAUGACUUGUUUUUGGAUGCUUUAAUAAGCAAACGAAGACAAAUGGCAGAAUCUCAAGCACCCAAAUUAUCAGAACUGUCAUCUCCCACCUCACCUUUCCAGGUUAAUGGGCCUUUUUCUUCAGUUUCUUCCUCAUUAAAUGUUUCAAACACGUCAACAACUUCAACAUCACAGUCACAUGCUAGUAUGCAGACAAAGACCAGAAGUAGCUCCGUCCCGAAUGCUUUGGAUCAGCAAUCACCAUCAGAUAUGUCAAGAUCACCCACAGUUCCCACCUGUCUAGGAAAUUCAGGAUCAUCCAUAGAAAUUCCUGUAAAUGAACAACCAAAACAAGGUGGUUUUAUGUCACGGUUUUUUAACAAAUCUCCAGCAAGUGCCAAAGAUGAAAAUAAACCAGCUCCAUCACCAGAACCCCCUCCAGUUGUCAGAGCUUCUGAGAAACCAUUUGAAAAAGUAGAGGAUUUCAUUCUUGAGAGCAAUGUAGAUCAGUCUUUCAAAUCUUUUUUAGAAGACACAAACCAAUCCACUUCUGAAGUGGAUUACUGUGUAACAUCUGUUCAAGAACACAGUGACAGUGACAGUGAGGAUGGGGGUGGUAAUCCAAUGGUGGCUGGAUUUCAAGAUGAAUUGGAUCCUGAAGACAUUGUAACUCAUCCCAUCAAUGAGGUGAUCCAUGAAGAAGAUGAUGAGGAAGAUGAAGAACCAACUUAUAAAAAUGUUAAGAAUGGGAAAAAAGAACAUAACUUCUGUGUAAUUACUACAACACAAGAAACAGUAUCGGGAGAUGAACCUGAUCUAGGUCCAGCAUUGAUACCAUCUCAACUAAAUAUAACAUCUGCUCAUCCCAAGAAAGAGGAUAAUGUAGGUGAGCACAAUGGAAUUCUGUCUCCCUCCAGUGAUGAUCUAUCACCUUCUCAUCAGCCUGAAGUAACUCAGUUUGUUCGGUUAGAGAAUGAAGACUUGAGUAUUUUUGAAAAAGGAUAUGGAAUUUGUUAUGCAAGUCCAAGUAACCCUUCAAGUAUUCCAAGUCGGUCUUCCCCUAGUGCAACUCCUGAGGGAUCUGAAGCAGUUAGUGAGGACUCAAGUUCAACGAAACCUAAAAAACAUAAAGAUAAGAGCAGAAGUGAAGAAAAGCACCAUAAGAAGUCCCAUAAGCAUAAAAAGCAGAGAGAAAAAGAUAAGCCUGAGAAGAAGGAUACAAAGAAGAAAAAGAAAAAGCAUCAAAAGAGCUCAGGUGGUGACUUGGAUGAUUCAUCUGAUCUUGAUAGACUGGAGGAAUUUCUUGGAUCAAAUGGGCGAGUUCCAGAAGGCAAAGAAGCCAGUAUUUAUGAAGAAUUAUGAAAAGUAUCAAAGCUUUGAAAUGCCCUCCAAAUUGUUCAGAUGUGUAAACAGGUAUUCUGUGAUGUUGUAGUUUUGUUGCUGAGAAGGUAUUGAUUGUGUGGAAGAAAACAUUCAGUAUAAAUGUAUCCUUGUGAGUAAAAAGACCUGUUACAACACCUCCUAAGGUUUGAAGAAUAGUGGUCUUGAACAAAUUAAUGUAUACUUAUUCAUUAAUUAGGAAACAAGAAGUAACUAUUUCUGAAGUGUUUUGAGUUCUUUUUUUUAUUAUUUCAUUGACAUUUCAAUAUACUAAAAAUGCUACUAGUUUAUUGAGAUCUUUACUCAGAUAAUGAACAAAGCCAGAUGUGUGAGUUGUUUACUUAUUACUUGUUUACAUAUUAAGCUGAUAACUUUCCCAGAAGUUAAAGAAAGAUAUGUAGUUGAGCAGAAAAUAAUUAAAGUUUUUUAUUUACUUUCAUGGUCCUUGAAGCUGUAGAAUGAUGUGAGUGAAAAUUAUCAAUGGCAUAGCCAGAAAAUGAUGAAGUACAUUUUGCUGCUGAGCUGUAGAAUAGAAUUCAUGUACUAAAAUGCUUAAUAGUAAUAACAGAUAACAAGCAUUAAAACAUUGAGGGGAAAGUGAAGGAUUUGCCCUCAUCCUAGUCUUUAACUAUGGUAGUUAUGAAGGCUUAACUUUGAAGUGAUGCAGAAGUAGCCAGAAAUAUACUCAUUUCAUUUUGUAUUGUUCUUAUGGGAUAGGUAUAGCUAUAGAAAAGAGUGAGGGGAGAUAAUCAGCAGAAAGGUUAUGAAUGUUCCAAUUUUUUGCUAAAUUAUAUAAUAUUUAUGGUUGAAAUACCAAAGAAGCACUGUUAUCAAUGGCACCACUUCUAACAAGUCAGAAACUGAGCAGUCCGUUUUUGUAAAGAAUGACUUGCUAAAAUUUAUAAAAAGUUAUUUUAUAAAGUAUGCUCUAAAGUUAUAAUAGUUUGGGCAACUGACUUAAUAUAGUUUACAGCUCCAAUCUCGGUACCAAAAAAUACAAGUUAAAUUUUUAUAUAUAUUAAUAUUUCUUAAAGAAACAUCAUGUUCCAUGUUUUGAAACUAGUGAUACUUAACAAGUAAAUGUAAAUUUCAUUUUUAUUUUUUCUUGGAUAUUUCUGAUGGUCUGAUGUCAACUUUUGUGAUUAAACAUUUAUGAAGAUAUCUUUGUGUAUUUGAAAGUACGCCAGUAGUUUGACACUUUGUAAUAAGUUUCUUGUCUUAUGGAACCAGUAAUAUUUUAAAUCUUUGAUACCUAUUUACAUAUUUCAUAAAUAUCUAAACUUGUGAUUGUGUUUAGUAUAUAUGGUACUGAAAGCUCUCAUAAUGUAAAUUUAUUUGUUUAAUUUUUAUUAAGUUGUUUUUUUCAGUAGCUACUAGAUUUCUACAUGAUGUUUGUUGCCACAAGCAUUAAACCCUUUAUUUGUAAUACAGAUAUAUUUAUAAUAUUUUAAAUUUCUAUACAGUAUCUCUGCACUUUACUUUGCAGUUGCUUUCUGAGAGCUAAUAAGUUUCUGCUCUGCACUUACUAGUAACAUCCUAUGGUGGGUCAGUGUUAACUUUACAGACUUACAUCACUAAAAUCUAAGGUUUGAUUCCCUACAAAGGACAGAGAUCAGAUAGCCUACACACUAGGCUCAAAAAACAACUUGCCACUAACAUUACAGCUGUACAGUUUAUUUGUUGUGUAUCUUCACAGAAUAUCUCAAAUACCUAUUUGAUGUCAUAUGGAUAUCUUAAGUUUUGAGAUAAUAUGCAAGUAAAUAUAUGUGGUUUAGGGAAAUUGUAUGUUGGUUUCCUGUUAAGAUCUUAAAUAAAUAUUUAUAUGAUUUCUGUUCAA